UCUCCUGCUUGCUUGUUUGAUGCUUGCAUCACAGGUUGAAACCUCAGCUUGGUCUGACACUGAGGCAACUUCCUGCACUUGAAUUAAACACUGCAAAGUUUUUGAAGCGACAUAAGCCACUCGAGUCAGAAAGGGCUGCCGACUCGACAUCAAGUAUUACUCGCAAAUAGCCAUGAAUAACAAGCUCAACCUGAGGUCAUUUCUUUUUCUUCUCACUGUGAGCUGCUUGGUCUCUGGCAGUCAUUCUCUUGGUGUAGAAGAGAAGAAUCUGUUAAAUACAACCAUCUCCAACUACACGCAGGAAUAUAACAAUGAAACUGAACUUCAGCCCACAAAAGGACCUCCGCAGACCACUAGGAUUAGAGAUCUGUCCGCUGCAGCUUCUACACCCAGCCAGAAUACUUCAGAAAAAGCCCACACUCAGCCUGCACAGGAAAAUGGAACUUCUGAAAACCUUUAUAACAUAGAAGGAACUGAAACAAGCAGCACCAAACACCACUCAGCAGGUAAUGGAAGCAUUGUAGGUACUGAAAGUCCUCCACAAUCCUCAUUUCCUUUGAGAAAUAACAGUUUGUACCCCACCCCACCAAGCUCUGCUUCCACAGUUUCUGCCUCAGGGCGAGGAACCGAAACAAAUGUCACAAAUUCUGGCUCUAUUGUGAGGACGACACAUCAUAUGGUAGUAGAUGAACCUUCCACAACAAGUCCAAUGGUCAAGCUGACGGUUUCAUCAACCAGAGAAAUAACCACAUUGAAUCACAUGCCAACUGAACGAUAUAGCACCCAAAAAACAGACAAAUCAACUACCAAAGUUUGUCCUACUGCUGAACCCAAAAGGGAAGGUCUUGUAGGUCGAUGCCUCAUUGCCAUUGCCAGUUUGACUGCUCUAGCAACCAUUUUCAUCAUGACCACCAUCAUCUUGGCCACAAAGUUGGCAGGGAACAGAUACAGGCACAGGGCAAGCCUGCUUCACGACACCGAGAUGGUCUGCAUAUCUACCCUCAUGAAUGAUUCUGAUCAUCCUGUGCCCACCCCAAGGCGCCCGAAAAGCAAUGGAGCACUGAUCCCCAUCACUGAGGAUGAAGACGGUGAUGAUCUCACACUCAAUAGCUUCCUGCAUGACACAGAAGCUGUCGCAUAGACACUGGGAUUGUUACUGUAGAUUUUGUAUGAAAAUCUUUAACCUGACUGAAAAUAAAAACAAUGCUUUGAGGAUGAAAAUCAGUCUGGUCACAUCUGCUAAGAUUUGUCAUUCUUGAUCUGGAGUGUGUGGUGAAGACAUUUUUCCUCCAUGCUUUUCCUUUACAAUUAAACAAACCUGAAGAACUUUGUAACCCUCAAAGAAAAUCAAGAAAUUCACAGAACUUGACUCAUUUGUAAAAUACUUAGAACUUCCUCCUGCACUUGCUCUAUGCCAAAUUUGUCAUAUCCUGAUGCAGAAUUAGAGAACCUGGUUGUUAGCACAGAUAUUUAUGUUUGUAUUGGUGUUACAUAGGAAGUGUGCGAAUUUGAUAGACUGACAAGAGGAAGUGCGUCAAAGUGUGGCAGAAGAGCUGCCUAGUGAUGGGAACCUUGGGCUGUGGUCUCCUUUCAAACCAAACCAAAAAAACUCUGAUGUAGUUACUUAUUUUAUUCCAGAAAAAAAAACAAACAUGCACUUGUAGAAAAACUAACUGUUUUGCACAUGUUCUGUUUUUAGUCCUAUAUAUAUAUAUAAUCUCAAUCACAUGUCAGUUGGCUUAUUUUUUUUAUAGUUAUGUUCCUGUUUUUCAGUCUUUCAUGAUUCAUAAGUUCCUCCAAACAUGUCAGCUGCUGCUUUGUUAUUCGCAUGUGCAAGUGACAUCUUUCUGAGCUUUGUCUUUGUGUUAAGCUUCAGGAAGAGGCUCUCAAUGGACUCAACAUAGGUUACGCAAGCUCAUGGGACAGAAAAGAAGAUUCAUUAUCAUGGGUUCUUCUGUGGUGCCACGUUGUACAUUUCAUUCACUCGUCUUCAGAAACUGCUUUAUCGUGGUUAGCAUGGUUUUAUAGUUAAAAUGAUUUUCUAUUUUAAGAAAAAGAACUAACUUGCCUGCAGUUACAAUCCAAAAUACUAUAGCAUAUCCUGUCAGAAUUUCUUCGUGUCAAGUAAAAUAGGAUUAAUCGAACAUGAACAUCUCUAGUGUUUAUUAUAAAACAGCGAUCUUAGACAGCAACAGGAACAGGCACCCAGGAGAUCUUGCUAAUACAUUGAAUUUAAUUUGUAGUUUUUUAUUGUAUUUAUUUUUUAGAAAAAGCAGCUGUAUCUAAUAACAACCAUGCUUACAGACUCCUACCAUAUUAAUAAUGGCUUUAACCGAUUUAUCAUCCAUUGCACACAUAUACAACUGGGAGCAACUUAAAGACAGAAGUACAGAACCUAGAGCUCAAGAUGGACCUGGAGCCGAGAGACAGUUACUUAUUUAUUGCUUUAUCUUAUUUUACAUUUUUAAAUUAAUAUUACAUUGUAUUAAAGUCAUUUCACACAGAUUUCCAGUCUAGUCAGUCGACUGACUUAUUGGUACAAAAAAUACUGCAUUUAAAUGGACUGGAACAGUAUGUGAGCUUAUCGGUAUAGAGAUUAGGUUCAAUAUAUCCUAUUUUAGUGUAUGGUGUAUUAAAAUGUUCAUUUCUGUAUACAUACUGAAUGUAACUUGUGUAACUGUAUUGCUGAAUGUAGAACUGUAUAUUUUGUUGUUUUGUACAGUAAAAGCCUGCUAUGUGGA